ACCGUGAGACACUUCACCAGACUACUGUCGGGAGCUGUGUCUCUCUCUCGCUCUCUCUCUCUCUCUCUCUCUCUCUCUCUCUCUCAUGUCCUCGGAGCCAAGUUUCAAUCACACCCAGAAUAAAUUUCCUUUUGUCUGGCCUAGGUUUGGACUUUACAGCUGCAGCAAAGAAAUGGAAAAAGAAGCAAAGAAGGAAAAUUUUAGGAAGUAUUUAGAGUCUAGUGGAGUUCUCGAUGCUCUAACCAAAGUGUUUGUUGCAUUAUAUGAGCAGAAUGAUAAACCUUCCUCUGCCAUUGAGUUCAUACAACAAAAAUUAGGUGGUCCAACUGUAUCUGAAUAUGAAAAGCUGCAAGCUGAAUUGUCAGAUUUGCAAAUGAAGUAUAAUGACCUUGUAGUCAUGCACCAAAAGACCUGCACGGAGUUGAUAUGUCUAUGGAUCCCAAUCUGUAAUUGUCUAGGGAUGUUGGACUGGACAUUGAAGACAAACCUCAAUAAGGCAGUUGGUUGGAUUUUUCAAUAUCUCAAAGGCUCUCCUGGAUCGUGGGAUACUCUAAUACAAAUUGGGCUGGAUCUGUUAAUGAUGAUUGAAGGUCUACUACUAGAUAUUUUAUAUUUGUAGGAGUUGGAGGAACUAAAGAAU